AAGGAGUCGUUGUCGUGAACGGAAGGUUUAAAAUUCGAAGCUCCAAUUUUUAUUUUAAAAAAUUUUUUAUUUUGAAUUUUAAUUUUUUAUUUUUUUUUUUUUAUAUAGUUCGAGAAACCAAACUUAUACAUUUAUAAAUUUAUGUUUGUCUCGAUUUUAUUUUAAAUUUGAGAGAAGAGCUAGGCUUCUUUGAAUUUAACAUAACGUGAAUAUUUUUGUAAAAAAUUUUUUUUCUUCAUUUCGAUUUCGUACGAUUACGCGUUUGGUUCUCAGCGAUUUUAUAAACUCGGAUCAAUAUAUAAUUUUUGUGAUAUAAAAUUGAUUAAAGAAAAUAAAUGAAAUAAAAAAAAAUUAUUACAAUUACGAAAAAAAAAAUAAGUAGAAAUUAUAGUGAGAAAUAAAAUAAAAAAAAAAGUAAAAUAGGGGGGAAAAAUUAAAUUAAAAAUAAAAAUAUUAAAGUUUAAAGUCUAAAAAUUUUUUAUAGUGAAAUAAAAAUUUGCAAUAUAUUAGAGAACAAUGCUAUCAUAAAAAAAUUUUUUAAAAGGAAAAUCUUAUAAUUAAUGAAAAAUUAAAUAAUUAAGAUUAUUGAAAAAAAAUUUAUAGCUAACGAAUUAAAAAUAUAAUUUUUUUUUUUAAAAAUGUUACUGCCCAAAAAUUGGGCAAUUCCAUUCCUAAUAUUGUUAUCAUUCAAUUAUAUUGAAUGUGCUAGUAUUGCGGAAGUAGAUAAUGUAAAUGAAGUUUUUGACGAAGAUGGAAACCUUAUUGGAACACAACGUAAUGCAAGAAGUUUACGAGGACGUGCCAGAGGACAAACCCAAUCACAGUAUUUAAAUUUUGGCAAUCCAGAAUUAGAAGGUAAAGCUGAAGCUGAAGCUUCAGAAUCAGGAUCCAGAUCAUUUGUAGUAAGCACACAUGGAAUGGGUCAGGCUCAAAGUCAAUUUUCUUCUGGAGAUUGUAGUGGAUGUGGACCAAGUUCCUACGGAUUAGAUUCUUCACCAGAUCCGUAUACUGCUCUUGGUGGAACUGGACAGGAUGGUAUUGGUUCUCAGAGUAUGGCAAUGCAAAGGCCAGGAGAAGGUGGCAGACCUGGAACAUCUUCCGUAAUGCAACAAAUUCCUGGAUUACAAGGUGGUCAACAACCUGGCCAACUACAUACAGGAAGUGGUCAAACUGGAGGAGCUUAUGGUCAACCAGGAGCUGGUGGUGUGACGGGACAACCUGGUAGCGGCAUAGGUUCUGAUCAGUGGGGUGUUCGACCGGGUCAAGAUGGCGGUAUUUACGGUCAGACAGGUACUGGCGGGAGACCUGGUCAAUCUGGUAGUGGUGUAACAGGACAACCUGGUAGCGGCAUAGGUUCUGAUCAAUGGGGUGGCCGUCCUGGUCAAGAUGGUGGUAUUUACGGACAAACAGGCACUGGGGGAAGAGCUGGACAGCCCGGUGCUGGAUCUACGUCAGGUCAUCCUAGCAAUGGAAUUGGUCAAGCUGGUAAUGGAUAUGGUCAAGGUGGUAAUGGAUAUGGUCAAAUCGGAACAGAUGGUAGAUCUGGUCAACCUGAGGGAGCCGGUCUAUCAGGCCAUCCUGGUGUUGUAACCGGAACUGGACAAAUAGUUGACGGGUAUGGUCAAAUUAGACCAGGAGCGAGACCGGGCCAACCUGGUUCUGGUCAACAAGGUAUUGCAAAUGGUGCAGGUCAGCCAAUAAACGGAUACGGACAAAUUGGUACAGGAGGUAGACCAGGCCAGGAAGGUACAAUAUACGGUCAGAAUGGAUUGAGUGGAAGACCAGGAGGAAUUGGAGGCUUAUCUGGUCAAGCUGGGACGGGUCAACAAACUAAUGGUUAUGGUGUUGGGCGGGAUGGCACACUACACGGUCAAAAUGGACUCGGUAGUGGAAGUAUAGAUGGCCAAAUCGGUGGCAGGCCAGGAUCAGAUCAACAAACAAAUGGAUAUGGUUAUCCUGCCUCAGCAGGAGGUCCUGGAGCGGGAACAAAUGGUGUUUUUUAUGGACAAACAGGUGCAAGAGGGCGACCCGGACAACCUGGUGGAGAAGGUACAGCGGGGCAAACUGGUACAGGCAUUGGAAGUAAUCAAUUGGAAAAUGGAUAUGGAACAGCUAGUGGAAGACCGGGCCAGAAUGGAAUCGGUGGAGGAGCUGGCCAAGUUAACGGCUAUGGGCAAUCAGGAACUGGUUCAAGACCUGGUCUUGGAGGUAUUGGGACCGAUGGAACCGUUUAUGGUCAAAAUGGUGCAGGAGGUGGAAAUGGAUAUGGACAGUCAAGUGGUAGAACUGGUAAUGGCGGAAUAAAUGGAGCAGGUCAACAAGUCAACGGUCAUGUACAGCCUGGUGUUGGUUUGAGGCCUGGGCAAAAUGGAGUUUCAUAUGGGCAACCAGGAUCCGGUAGUAGAUCAGGACAACCAGGAACAACGGGAAUAUCGGGGCAGCCAGGUGCUGGGGUGGGAGAAGGUCAAUAUACAAACGGUUAUGGUCAACCAGGAACUAGUGGAGCAAGUCAAAUUGGUGAUGGCGCGGGUACGAUCAACGGAUAUGGAAAACCUGGAGUUGGAACAGGUCAAAUUACUAAUGGUUAUGGGCAGCAGGGAAUAGGUGGGAGAAGACCUGGCCAAAAUGGGGGGUUAUAUUCUCAAACAGGAGCUAAUGGAAGGCAAAGUGCACAUGGAAUUGGGGGAGGAGCAGAAGGAAUUAAUGGCUAUGGUGGAUCAGGCAUAAGUGGAAGGCCAGGAACUAUAUCUGACAACGGAUUGUAUGGUCAACAGGGUGUCGGAGGAAGAGCUGGCCAACAUGGUGCUACUGGAAUUGUAGAUCAUUCAGGCUCUAGUGUAGGUGGACAGCUAUUAGGGCAUCCAGGUAGUUACCCUGGCGCAGGACAUCCUCAUUCAUUACGAGGAGAUGGCACACACAUUUUAACAGUUCCAGGAAAAGACCAAACUAUGUAUAAAGAUCAUGAUGGACUGACCGUGCUAGUUGGAACUGGUGGACCUCAUCAAACAGUAAUAACAGAUCGACAUCCUUCACAAGGUGGUUUACAUUUUAUUCCGGGUCACUCAGAAGGUCCAGCCAAACAAACUGCGCAUACAUCAGGAAAAGGUCUUACAGUAUUGAUUGGCACUGGCGGGCCUACUCAAACGGUCCACCAAGUAGGUGGCGGCGGUUACGGACCUUCUGGUCUUACACAAUAUCCUGGAUCAGGUGGUGGAACUGGUGCUAUUGAUGGCAGUGGAAUUGGGCCAAGUGGUGGAGGUUUUGGACCUGGAGGUGCUGGUGGAAUUGGGCCUGGUGGUGUAGGUCCUGGUGGAAUUGGACCUGGUGGUGUACGUCCUGGCGGAAUUGGACCUGGCGGUGUAGGUCCUGGUGGUGUUGGUCCUGGUAGUAUUGGUCCUGGUGGAGUUGGUGGUGGUUUUGGACCUGGUGGUGUUGGCCCUGGUGGUGUUGGUCCUGGUGGUAUUGGCUCUGGUGGUAUUGGUCCUGGUGGAGUUGGUGGUGGUUUUGGACCUGGUGGUGUUGGCCCUGGCGGUGUUGGCCCUGGUGGUAUUGGCUCUGGUGGUAUUGGUCCUGGUGGUAUUGGCCCUGGUGGCAUCAGCGGUGGAGGUUUUGGACCUGGCGGCACUGGUGGAAUUGGUCCUGGUGGGCCGAGUGGCGUUGGUUCUGGUGGCGGUUUCGGACCAGGCGGUGUUGGCCGUGGUGCCGGUGGAUCAGGUGUUGGAGGUGUUGGCGGGAUUGGUGCAGGUCCAGGUGGCGUCGGUGGUGGUGGUUUUGGACCUGGGGGUGCUGGUGGUAUUGGUUCUGGUAGCAUUGGUGGCGGCUUUGGACCAGGAGGAGUUGGUGGAAUUGGUCCCGGGGGUAUCGGUGGUGGCGGAAUAGGACCUGGCGGCGUUAGUCCAGGAGGAGUCGGAGGUACUGGUGGUACUGGUCCCGGAGGUAUUAGUGGCGGUUUUGGGCCUGGUGGUGUUGGUCCUGGUGGAGUCGGACAAGGGGUUGGAGGAGUUGGUGGUGCUGGUACUGGUCCAGGUGGAAUUGGCGGUGGUGGUUUUGGGCCUGGUGGAAUUGGUUCUGGGGGUGUGGGUCCCGGUGGUGUAGGUCCGGGUGGUAUCGGCGGUGGCAGUAUUGGGUCUGGUGGUUUAGGUGCUGGCGGAAUCGGGCCCGGCGGUGUAGGUUCUGGUGGUGCUGGCCCUGGUGGUAUUAGUGGUGGUUUUGGGCCUGGCGGUGUAGGUCCGGGUGGUGUCGGUCCUGGUGGUAUUAGUGGCGGCUUUGGGCCUGGUGGUGUAGGCCCUGGUGGUGUAGGCCCUGGUGGUGUUGGUUCUGGUGGUAUUGGUGGCGGUUUUGGGCCUGGUGGAGUUGGUUCUAAUGGUAUUGGUGGUGGUUUUGGACCUGGCGGUAUUGGCUCUGGUGGAGCCGGACAAGGCGUGGGAGGAGUUGGUGGUAUUGGUACUGGUCCAGGUGGCAUUGGCGGCGGUGGUUUUGGGCCUGGUGGAAUUGGUUCUGGAGGUAUGGGUCCCGGUGGUAUUGGUCCUGGUGGUAUCAGCAGCGGAGGUAUUGGGCCUGGUGGUGCUGGAGCUGGCGGAGUUGGGCCUGGCGGUGUAGGUGGUGUUGGGCCUGGUGGUAUUGGCAACGGUUUUGGGCCUGGCAGUGUAGGCUCGGCUGGUGUUGGUCCUGGUGCUACUGGAGGCGGUUUUGGGCCUGGUGGAGUUGGAGGUGUUGGUGGUACUGGAUCAGGUAGCACUGACGGCGGAGGUUUCGGACCUGGUGGCGGAUUCGGACCGGGAGGUGUAGGUCCCGGUGGUAUUGGUGGCGGUUUCGGGCCUGGUGGUUUUGGCCCAGGUGGAGCUGGACAAGGAGUCGGAGGAGUUGGCGGUAUUGGUACAGGCCCAGGUGGUAUUGGCGGUGGUGGUUUUGGGCCUGAUGGUGUUGGCACUGGUGGAAUUGGCCCUGGUGGUGUUGGUCCAGGUGGUAUUGGCGGUGGGGGUAUUGGGCCUGGUGGUGCUGGCGGAAUUGGGCCUGGUGGUGUUGGUCAUGGUGGUAUUGGUACCGGUCCAGGUGGUAUUGGUGGCAGCGGUUUUAGGCCUGGUGGUGCUGGCCCUGGCGGAAUCGGACCAGGUGGAGUCAUUAGUGGUGCUGGGGGAUUUGACGGCUAUGAUGGGGGAUCUCCUGGUGGUGGAUACAGAAUGGGACCAGCCGGUCUCACGGCAGGUGGUCAACUUGCUGGUGGAAUUGGCGGUGAUGAAUUCUCUCAAGCUGAAUCUUCUGUUAAAGAUGGGCAGGCUAGUGCAAGUGCGCAAGGUAAAAAAAAUGGCGGAACAGCUCAAACUCAAGUAUCUGGUACUUAUUCCAACGGUGGAACGUUUAGCGCAAGUGCAAUGACAGCAGAUUCGGACAGAUCUGCAAGUGCUCAAGUACAAGGAAGUCCUGAUGGAGCGCAAAGCCAAGCUCAAGGUAGCGGAGGAUCAGGAAAAUCCCAAUCACAAGUUCAAGUGAACUCAAAAACAGGCAGUACUACUUCUUCGGCUCAAAGUAGCGGUAUUGUUCAACAAACUCAAAGCGAGGUCACCGCAAAUGAAAAAGGUGGACUAGCCGAUGCUCAAUCUAGCGGCCCCGGACAAACUUCUUCACAAGCUCAAAUAGGAUUUAAGCCGCAAAAUUCACAAGCUAACGGUGAUGAUGGUGCUACUUUUAAUGGUGGUGGACAAUCGUCAGCUCAAUCUGGUGCAUAUAACGGUCAAUCUCAGGCACAAAUAAAUGGCAACUUCAAAUAUGGAAUAUCGUACCAUGGAGCAGCACAAGCAGCUUCUGGAACCAAAGAACAAGUAGAUGUUUAUAGAGAGCAAAAUAAAGUUUUAUUUCAACAAAUAAGCGAGAUGGAGUCAUCACCGAGUAAUAUUCAAGGAACUGAUGCAAUAACUGGACCACAUCUUCCACAACAAGAAAAACAAAAUGAUAAAGUUGAUGAAGAGCCUGAAUAUGAUGAUGAAGAUGAAGAUGAUGAAUAUAAUGAAGAAGAAUAUGAAGAUAAUUCACCACCAAUAAAACCAUUAGAACCAAAAUCAAGUAAAAAAGUUGAAACAUCAACAAAAAAAUCUGAUUCAUUAUUACAAAUACCGAUAACAACAUCAACAUCAAGAUCAACAGAUAUUGAAUCAUCAACAAUACAUAUACCAUUAAAAAGUACAAUAAAAUCACAUUUACAAACAACAAUGAAACCACAUCCUAUUUAUGAUAGAUUAAGAAAAGAAAAUGAAAAUAAAAGAUUAAAUAAAGAUAAAAUUCCAGAUGGUUUUCGUGGUACAAUUAGUACAGAAAAAAAAUAUAUAACAAAAUUUUUACCAUCAAGACAUGAUAAUGAUAUGAAACCGAAUGAACCAAUUGAUGGUGUCGAUAGUAAUGGUGGUGUUGAUGAAAUUCUUAAACCAGAAAGUUUUGUUACUGUUACAAAAUCUGUAACUGGUAGCUUAGAUAAUAGUAAAAACCCACCAAGUGAAAAUAAAAAUUUCUCAUCAACAUAUUAUACAAAAUCCUCGACAUGCGGUUAUUUUACAUUCUCAUGUAAUAUAGUUUAUGGUGCAAAUGGUAAAACAAAAGUAUGUAGACCAAAGAAACCAGAUAAUGGUAAAUGUUAGAUGUAUUAAUAAAUAUUUUUAUAAUAUUAUUAUUAAAAGAAAAAAUUUGUAAUUGUAAUGGUAAUAGAAUUUGUACUAUUUUUUUUUUAUAUAAUUUGUUUAUUAAGAAAUUUAAUUUAUAACUCUAUUUUGUAUGUUCUUAAAAUAAUUUUUAGUACCUACAUAUGUAUAUGAAAUUCUUACUUAUUAAAUGAAAUUGCUAAUUAAAAUUACUAAAUGAAAAUUGUGUAUAAAAGAAAAUUUCUAAAUUUCACUAUGUAAAUUUUUGCUAUUUCCAAAAAUUAAUUCAAAUUCAAUAUACGUAAAUUUUGAGCUAGGGUUUUAGUUGCUAAUUCAAAAUAUUUGUAAUUGAUUUGUUAUUGAAAUAGAAAUUAUAAUUUUUAACAUGUUGAAUCAUCCAUAAAAAUUGUAAUAUAACUCUACUUAAAAACUAUGUAGAAAAUACAAAAAUACUAGAGCAUGUACUAGAGGAUGCAAAACAAAUUGGAGAAUUUGUCAUAAAAUACUAAAUUUUAAAAUUUUUUAAAUUAUUAAACCAUAUUACAUUUUGUGCCAUAUAGCAAUUUGCAAAAUAAAUAAGGAAAAUUUGGUGUACUAGCAUGUUUUAAGAUGCAUGUGCCAAAGCUUUAUAUAAGUUUGGUCCAAUAUUUUGUAUACCAAUACGCUCAUUAUGGCGAAAAUGAUAGAAUAUUUAUCAGAAUCAAUAAGAACGCUCGCUAGCCACUGAUAUUAUAAUUAUUAUUGAUGAUUCUAAUAUGUUAAUUAUGUGUUUUGUGCGAAUACCAAAUUAUUUUACAAUAAAUUAAAUUAUUAAUAGUUUUUAUAUGAAAAUAAACUUAACCAAUUUUGAAUUAGCAACACUCUUGUUCAUUGUGAGCGAAUAUUACAAUAAAAAUAUAAUAAUAUCUAAUAUAAUUGUAUUAAUAAAGACAUUUGAAUUUUGUAAAAUUUGACAUAAUUGCCGAUUAUAAAUAGUUUUGUAAAAUGUUAUUGCCAAAAAAAUACUGCCAAUCUUUAUUUGUUUUCGCUUUAAAACUCAAACUUAAGUUUUGUUGAUAAAAAAAUUUUUAAAAUAUAAAAUAAAAAAAAAAAAAUUAAUUGUAAUUUUUAGGAAAUUCUAAUGAUUUUUGUAUUUUUUUUUAGA